GAAUCAUCAACACCUUGAUGGAGCCAUAACACGAAAAAUUGAUUGAUUGACGACUUGUGUACGAACGAAUGCGUUUGUUUUGUGUUCAUGCGCUAUAUGUUAUGUGAGCAAGGCGUGAUUUUCACAAUAAAAGUUCACAUAACGAAAAAUAAUUGUACAAAAUCAGAAUGAUCAUCCCAGUCCGUUGUUUCACGUGUGGAAAGGUCAUUGGCAACAAAUGGGAGGCCUACCUCGGGCUUCUACAAGCCGAGUACACUGAGGGUGAUGCCCUGGAUGCCCUCGGCCUGAAGAGGUACUGCUGCCGCCGCAUGCUGCUCGGACACGUGGAUCUGAUCGAGAAACUUCUCAACUAUGCACCACUAGAAAAAUAAAUUCAAUAUGAAGUAGGUUAUAAAAUUGUAAUUUUUAAUUUACUUCUAAUUGCUAAAAUAUCAUAAUUAAAUUCAUUCCUUUUAUAAUCAAUGAUUGGCUAGAAUAAGCAGUUUGAUCAAAAUAUCUUGGCAUCUCUCUUUUCAUGAGUAGUUAGGUGUCUUUGAUAGAACUCAGUGCUGGCCUAAGGCCAGCUGGCCUACAACUAUCUGACAGUGUCCCCGCUGGGCACAGGUGAGAACAGGUGAGAACAGGUGCAUUCAUAUGAAUCAUUCCCAUCUGUCCGUCACAUAUGGCGGCCGUCAUAUGGGGUGGAUACAUGUGUCCCUGCACCCCACGCUCAAAUCCAGACCUCUUUCUGCCUGAGACCAUAUAAAUUAUCACUUUUAAUUAUGUCUAACCAAACAAGUAGUUUUAUUUGAUUAUAAGUAGUAUCUAUUCCUUAAAGAGACCCAAGAUUUAUUGACAUUUCAUUGACGUCAUCAGGUUAAUUGUCAACUAGAUUUAAGUGCAAAACAUGCGUGACUCAUGAUAAAGGUAACAGCAUUGUAAAACUUGUAUAGCUAUACAACUUGCGGCAUAUACAGCGUGGUAAUGGUAAUAAAGUAAGAUAAGAGAUA